GGUUGAUAUAUGUAUUUUUCCCUGUGGAUUCACAACAGUCUAAACUCUCUUGAGAUGAUGGAAUAAAGCUAAAUUAUUGAUGUGUGGGCGGAUCUGAAGCGUCUUUAUAGUCAUAGCCAAGACAUGAUCAUCAGCAUCUCAGAUAAACACUUCCUUCUCUCCUCUUUUUUUCCCCCUUGUCCUCCCUCAGAUGUGCGUGCCGCCAGGGAGCAGAUGCACAUCGGGGGAGUGACCUAUCCCACGCUGCCCCUGCAGGAAGCUCUGCCCCGCCCCCAUUCAGGUUAUGGCCAGCACUCUGCCGCCUGCUCUCCAGCGGGCUCCUUCGCCGGGUCUCUGCCCCCUCCUCAGCCUCACAGUGCCUACUUCAGUGGGAUGACCGGCCCUCAGCACCCCUUCUACAACCGGCCGUAUUUCCCCCAUCAUGUGUAUCACAUGCCUCGGCCUUACUCCCACCAUGUCCCCCCAUACUCGCGUCCCUCCAUUAAACCACCUGGUCAACUUAAGGACAACCCCAGUGGACUUGAUGUUAUUGCAGAGGAUGCCAGAGAAGGCCUCCCUUCAUGUCCCUCUGAUCCCACCAUGGCCUCUUCUGCGGCCCUGCUGAGCUCCAUGAACACAGAUGCAGUGUGUGAGCGGCUCAGGCAGUUAGAUGGAAUCGACCCCAGCAUGCUGCCUCAAUACGCCUCCACCAUCAAGAAGGCCAAUAUAAAUGGCCGAGUGCUCUCUCAGUGCAACCUGGACGAGCUGAAGAAAGAAAUGGAGAUGAACUUUGGGGACUGGCAGCUCUUCAGGGGAACGGUGAUGGAGCUACGUCAUGCUGAAAGCCACGCUCUGAUCCAAGAAGAGUCCCGAGCUGCGAGCGAGCAGGGCAGCAGCGUGCACCACGGGGAGCCCAGCAGGCGCUCGGGGGGGGCCCAGCAUGAAGCAGCGGCCUUCAGCCUGAACCUCAGCUUCGAGGAGCUGAGCGGAGCGGGGCUCGAGGAACCUCCGAGACACAGCAACAACACACACUGGCCGGUUGCAAAUGUUCGUGCCUCGAGCAUGUCCAGCCUCAACUCUCAGGAAUCCUCUAAUGACAUCUGCAAGCUGACAGACAAGCAGCAGGCGGAGUACCAUGACGCCUACAAGGAAUACAUCGCUCAGAUGGCCCAGGUGGAGAUGUCCGGCACCGGGGGUGAAAGGCCGGUGCAGCCCCUACCGGGACAGUUCCUCCAGGCUGCCAGCUCAGAGGACAAAGGGGCCAAGGAAGGCUCUGACCAAGACAGCCGCAAGUCCUUCAACAAGAGAGGCUCCAAGGCUAGUGACGCCACGGACUUCUCCUCAGGGGCCGAUGCCCUGCCCCUAGACCCCAUCAGUGAAGAGGACGAGAAGCUGGACCACAGCACAUCGUCCAGGACGCCGGGCUCCAGGAAGAAGGGAGCCGGGUCUCUGUACCACAAGCUGCCCAACGAUGAAGACUCCGGGCCAGAAGAAGCGGACAACACCACACCUCUCCUCCAUGAUGAGGAUCGAGUCCAGUCCAGCGGGCUGCUGGCCAAGCCUGGCUUCCUCUCCGAAAUCCUCCUGGAUAAGAAGGACUCGUCGGACUCGGGGAUGCGCUCCAGCGACAGCUCCUCAGACCGCUCCCUGGAAGAGGCUGAAGGAGACGGAGAAGCUCUGAAGCCCAGUCUGAUCGAGCUGGAGCUGGAGGGCCUGGUGAAGAAGAGAGGCCUCCUGCCCAGCAGCCUGAGCGGCCUGCAGGACGUCCGCAUGUCCAUCUGCUCCGAGGCCGCGUCCGAGGCCAGCUUCAUGGCCAGCAGCCCAGAUGAGGGCUGGCCGUCCAGCGGGGUCGGCAAUCUCAACUGCACCCCCGGCAACAGCACCCUUAAUGACAACGCACACAGCCCUGACGACACUUACACCAACAACAGCCAUCUGCAGCCGUCUAGCAUCACAGGCACGGAGUCCACCAUCUCCUCCUCCAGCAUCGACGACUCGCCAGCUGUCAUCAUCACCCCCGGCAGCAGCAGCACUGCCAACACCACAACUGCAGCCAUCCACAACCAGAACCUGCGCACCAUCAGCCUGGGAGAUGAGAUAGAGAGCGCCCUCUGAGGAGCUGCCGACUGUGUGACAAGGGUCACGUAGACUUUUUCAUGUUGUUGUUGGUGGCGUUAUUGUGCUGUUGGUGUUGUGACUUGUUCCAAAGAACUAGAUAUUAGGAAAGAAAUGUAGAAAGUGUUGCUGUGAAUUAAGAUUAGUAAACAAAAGCGUAAAUUAUUUGGUUAGUUAAAAAAAUAACUUUUAUUUAAACAAUUGAUGCAUCCAAACUACAAGUGGUAAUUAAUGAUACCAAAAAUGCUUCAGUCAGGUCAAAUUGGGAUUGCUUAACUUUCCAAUAUAAUUGGAAUAUGAAAUUAUAUUUUUUUCAUGUGAAGGUGAUGCGGUUAUGGAUAUAGUGUGUCUAGUGAUGAAAUGUUACAUGUUGUGGAUAUCAUAUUGUUACAGAAAGAAACGUGUGUAUUUGAGGAAAUGUAGUAAUGACCGAUAAAAAAAAGGUUCUGUGUUGCGGAAGACUAUUGUCUCCGGAGUGUGUGCAGUGGUGUGUUUGGUAGAUGGAAUGUCUCAAAUAGAUGACAGUGUACACAGUGGUGCAGUCAGUAUGUUCUUGGCAGGUUAUGUAGUAGUAUAAGUGCAUGCACUAGUUUCCAAAGUGAUUGUCUUCCAAAUUGUGAAUGGGUGUUGUGUGAAUCAAUAAAGAUUCUGCUAUGUUGACCCUUGAAAUA